AUGGCCGGCGCGGCCUACCCCGCGGACCCCGCGGCCUGCCCCGUGGGCGCGCCCCCUGCGGCCUGCCCCGCGGACCCCUCUGUUCUGGGCGCUUCGCGAGCGCCCUGCGCCGCUGUCACGCUGCCUCCUGCAGCGGGCGGGCCCCCUCCUGGCGCGCGAGGCCCUGCUGUGCUGGCGCCGCUAGCUCCUGUCGCCAAGCUCGCGCGGGCGCACACCGCGCAAGCUGCCGUCACGCCCGCCGCGCGGACGCCCGUGGCUGCGCCCGCGGUGCCACUGCCCGUGAUGCCCGCGCCCGCGCUCCUGCACACGCCCAUAGCGCCCGCGCCCGCGUUCGGACAGGAUGGAAUCCAUUGUUCUAUUCUAGAGGUAGAUAAGGGCAACAAAGAAAGAUUUGCUGAAAGUGGGUAA